CGGAAAACUUGGACUUGUUCAAGCUAGCGGAGCACGGGUCUGUGCUGAUGGCUGUUAUCUAUCUGUCAACAAUCCAGACAUAGCUAAAACAAAAGUUUUGUGGCCUUUUAUCUUCCUCUUUCAUCAGGGUCCAGUGUUAUGGACGAACCAUGAAGGCCCAGCUGCAAGUCACAGUGCUUUCAGCUAAGCUGAAGGAAACCAAAAAGACCUGGUUUGGUCCAAGUCCAUAUGUUGAAGUAUCUGUGGAUGGCCAGUCAAAGAGAACUGAGAAAUGCAACAAUACACACAGCCCCAAAUGGAAGCAGGCUCUCACAGUAAUCGUGACACCAUUCAGCAAACUGAUAUUUCGUGUUUGGAGCCAUCAGACACUCAAGGCAGACAUUCUGUUGGGGCUAGCAACAUUGGAGAUUAGCAAGACCCUUAAGGCCAAUGACAUGAAAUUAUGUGAGGUGGUGCAGACACUGCAGCUGUGCUCUGACAGAGACCCCCAGGAUCUUGUAGGUGACUUGUCAGUCUGUCUAGAUGGCAUGCAGGUAGACCCAGAAACCUUUGGCUCGGCAGAGAGAGAACAAGCUUCCCUUCCAAAUGGAAAUGCAAGGCAAAAUGGGGACACUGGCCACAGGUCAAGCAGAGACUCAUCCCCCUCGAGUGACUCAGAUGAGUGGGUCAUUGUACCUAAUGUACAUGCUGUGAAUGGUACAAGUUCUCCUUCGCGGUCUCCAGGGGGCUCCACUGCAUCACGUCCUCCUAGACCUGCUCGACCACCCCCUCCUACGCCACAGAAGCCGGCAGCCUCACCAUCCUCUUCUAGCAGUUCUUCCCCUAGUGAACUCAGUGAAGGCCCAGCUUCCGAUGGCUCCUCUCAGGCAUCAGCUAGUGGGUGUUCAGAUCAGCAGGAUGAAUCAAGUGCAAGAGCACCAGCAUCAAGUUCUUCACAGACAGCAAGUGUUCCUAAACCAGGGGCCACUGCCUCGGCAACUCCAGCUACAACUCCUAGAAUCACUCCAAUAAUCAAUGGCCCCCUGCCACCAGGGUGGGAACAAAGAGUAGACCAGAAUGGACGGGUAUACUAUGUGGACCACAUUGAGAAAAGGACAACCUGGGAUAGGCCUGAGCCUUUGCCUACAGGGUGGGAGCGCAGAGUGGAUCCAAUGGGUAGAGUUUACUAUGUUGACCACAUAACCCGAACUACUACGUGGCAAAGACCCACACAGGAGUCAGUGCGUAACUAUGAGGAAUGGCAGCACCAGCGUAGCCAGCUCCAGGGAGCCAUGCAGCAGUUUAACCAGAGGUUCAUUUAUGGGCUUCAAGACCAGCUCGCAGCCACAACCAGUAAAGAGUUUGACCCACUCGGACCUCUGCCUCAUGGAUGGGAAAAGAGAACUGACACCAAUGGUAGAGUGUAUUUUGUUCAUCACCCAACUCGGACAACACAGUGGGAAGACCCAAGGACUCAAGGGCUGCUGAAUGACAAGCCCCUGCCAGAGGGUUGGGAGAUGAGGUUCACUGUGGAUGGUAUUCCCUAUUUUGUAGACCACAACAGGCGAACAACAACCUACAUUGACCCUCGCACAGGGAAAUCCUCACUAGAGAAUGGGCCACAGAUAACCUAUGUCAGGGACUUUAAAGCCAAAGUGCAAUACUUCAGGUUCUGGUGUCAGCAACUGUCGAUGCCUCAGCACAUUAAAAUUACAGUGUCACGUAAAACCUUGUUUGAGGAUUCAUUUCAGCAGAUCAUGAGUUUCCACCCUCAAGAUCUUAGGCGGAGACUUUGGCUCAUUUUCCCUGGUGAAGAAGGCUUGGACUAUGGAGGUGUGGCCAGGGAGUGGUUCUUCUUGCUGUCUCACGAGGUACUGAAUCCCAUGUACUGUUUGUUUGAGUAUGCUGGCAAGGACAACUACUGUCUUCAGAUCAAUCCUGCCUCUUACAUCAACCCCGAUCACCUCAAGUACUUCAAGUUCAUAGGACGCUUCAUUGCCAUGGCCUUGUUCCAUGGCAAAUUCAUCGACACAGGUUUCUCCCUGCCCUUUUACAAGCGUAUUCUCAACAAACCUCUAGGUCUGAAAGACCUGGAGUCCAUCGAUCCAGAAUUCUAUAAUUCACUCAUUUGGAUCAGGGAUAAUAACAUAGAGGAGUGUGGUCUGGAGAUGUUCUUCUCAGUUGACAAGGAGAUCCUGGGAGAGGUCACCACACAUGAGCUGAAACCAGAUGGAGGGAACAUUUUAGUAACUGAGGAAAAUAAGGAAGAAUACAUCAGGUUGGUGGCAGAGUGGAGGCUGUCCAGAGGUGUGGAAGAGCAGACACAGGCUUUCUUUGAGGGCUUCAAUGAAGUUCUUCCACAACAAUACCUUCAGUACUUUGAUGCUAAGGAAUUAGAGGUGAUGCUGUGCGGGAUGCAGGAGAUAGACUUAGUGGACUGGCAGAGGAACACAAUCUACAGACAUUAUGCCCGAAGUAGCAAGCAGAUAAUUUGGUUCUGGCAGUUUGUGAAGGAGAUGGACAACGAAAAAAGGAUGAGGCUUCUGCAGUUUGUCACAGGAACCUGUCGUCUUCCUGUGGGUGGCUUUGCUGAUCUGAUGGGAAGCAAUGGUCCACAGAAGUUUUGCAUUGAGAAAGUUGGCAAAGAAAACUGGCUUCCACGAAGCCACACUUGUUUUAAUCGUCUGGACCUUCCUCCUUAUAAGAGCUAUGAGCAGUUGAAGGAGAAACUCAUGUUUGCCAUAGAGGAGACGGAAGGAUUUGGGCAGGAGUAAUGCAACAAAAGCAAGACCUGUAUGAUGGGAUAAAGCAGGUGGUGGUGGGCUUGGAGGAGCCAUAUCCAUUUCAGUCAAGAGCACUUUUCAGCAGAUCGUCCUUGUCGCCAUAAGCUGCUUAUGAUCUGGUGGAUGGACUUCAUCUUUAUUGUCUGUCACAAUAGCAUAUGCAUAAAAAAGUCAACUGCAUUGUCAGAAAUUAGUUUGUUUCAAAAGAGACCUUAGAAAUCCUCCUCACUUGGUUUCACCUCUUACCUGUAUGAUCAAUUCCUUGCUAAUCCAUCUCAGCCCACCCACAGUCAGGUGACGGAAGCGGAGCCUUUCUUGCAGUGUCAUGUUUGCACUUGUAUGAAGAGAAAGUGCAGCUUCAUAAGAGACGCUUCUAUGGACGAGAAUGAAGAACCAUAUUUGUGAAGUUUGUCUUAAAUACGAAAGUUGAUGUCUAAAAACAACAUCAGAGGUUCACACAUGGCUUUGAGUCCUUCCUUUUGAUAAAUGUAUGAAUGAAUACACCCACCCCCUGCUUUCCCCUGUUGCUGACUGACUGACUGACUGACUGUACUGUCUCCCAUAGCACAUAUUCAGUUUCUAUAAUAACUUUGGUAGGCAUAAUAAUAACUUUAUUUUGACAGGUUUAUUUCUUAAAAUUUUAAUGUGUUAAAAUGCUGAACAACUUUGCACAUUGUUGCGUGAGCAGUAUGAUGCUUUGAUUGUUCUUAAGAGACGCUGUUUUUAUGUGCAAUAGUUUUCUAGGAAACACUUUUGCAGAUAAGAGUCGAGCAGUGAUUUGUUUGAUCAUUUUUAUAAUACUUUCAUAAGAUUUACCAUUUGCUGUUGAUUUUAAAUUCCAAUAUGAAGUUGGGGGCAUUUACAUGUUUGGUGAUGUAGUUGUGAUUUCAUUUGACAAAGAUUGCCUUCCAGUAUUGGUCAGUGCUUUAUGUAAUAGCAUUUAACCAUGGAUGCUUACUGCUCUUGUCAGUCAGGGCACAUGACAGGCUUUUCUAGAUGAUUAAGUUGUUACUAAUGCCGUGGGAGUAUUUGGAUAUAUUCCAUUAUACAGAACCGUGAACAGUGAAGUGUUUCCACUGAACGGUAACUGAGAAACUAUCAUGAGAAAUGAAGGCACAAUGAAAAACUUUUUUUUUUUCAUCAAAUGGGUAAAAAGGUUAAAAAAAAUUGGUCAAGCAAUGGCGUAUUUUUUUUUUUUUUUUGUGUGUGUUGAUCUUCUAGUGCCACUGUACAUCCAAAAAGAGGAAUGAUUAUUGAUUAACAAUUUUAGCUGUGACUGAAGCAGUUUAUGUAAAUAUACUUCAAAUUAAAAAAAAAGAUCUCAAUACAUUUGAAUUAUCUAAGCAGUGGCCCCUUUUGAGUUGUUGGCAAGAUGUAAAAUAAGAUCUGAAUUAUAAGAAUAGUAACUGUCCCUAGUUUUAUAGGGUGUAUAGCUUUCAGAUUUGUACAGUAAUAUUGUAUUUCAUGUCUUUUCCAAAAAUCGUCUGCUGACAUAAAUAUAGUUUAUUUUAGGUAAAGUAUCACUUAAAUAAAAUCUUUGGAAAAAGUCUACCAAAGGAGUUGUUCAUUAAGGAAGCCUUACCAGCAGUUAUCAAUUCUGAACAUCCCCUGAAGUUAUUAUACAUUUGCCAUCACUUUUUAUCAUUAAUUUUACUCAUGAUAAGGUACAGAAAUUAAAACAAAAAGGGUAACUUCUGCCCAGAAAAAUCAUAAGGAAAAAAAGAUUUUGCCUUUAAAACAAGGGCAGGCUUCCGUUUAAAGGUACUGUUAAAGUUGUCAAAGCUAUUUUGUUAAAGGAUUAUUUUUCAUUUUAACACUUGCAGAUUAUAACUUGAAAGAAACAUUUAAGAUUUUGUCAGGAGUAUUUUAAUAAUUCUAAUGGCAUUAUAAAAAGACUUCUUUUACUCAGUCACUAGGAGUGUAGUUUACCUUAUACAAGCGCAUGACAUUUGAAUCCAGUACAGGAUUGACAAACUCUGCAAGCUACAAAGAGGUAACCAGUGAAAGUCAACAUGUUUAAAAUCAGUACAAUAAUAAAUGGGAGCCAGGAAUCGUCUCAAAAUUCUCUUCAGUAUAAUAAUCUGAAGGAUUAUUGGUUUAGUAGGCAUAUUAAGAGUUCUUUUUAUACACAGUAUUAACCUAACACAGUAUUUAUUAAGCAGAUCCAAAUCUGUAAUGUGACCCCCACCCCACCCCAAUGUCCAGCCAUCAAGCUGUGCUAGUGUAUGUAUUGGCAGCGUGGUGUAAGUUAUCUGCAGUCAUUUUAAUAUGUUGCCCAGAAAAUUAGUUGUCUUUAAGAUCCUGAUUGAAAUGUAAAAAAGACAGAUUGUCAUUUUGAAUAUACCCAUGUGUGAACCAUGUGGCUGUUUUUCAUUUCAUAAUGUCAGUACUGUUAUUAGAAGAAGAAAAAGACUGUUGUUCUCUGAUGUAAGCUGUCCCUCAUUGCACUGAUGGGUACAUUAACUCAGGCCACACCUCCACCACCACCACAUACCAGUUAUUGCUCAUUUAAAUGUGUAGGAUGUUUCACUUGACCUCUAAUCUGUUACCUUAUUGGCUGUUCUCACACCCAUACACUCACAGUGUAGCUACUUGUGUGCAGGUUUAUGUAAAAAAUAAUGCAUAAAACUUUUUUUUUUUUUUUAAAGGUUUUUGCGAUAAAUAUGUUGACUGUUGAAUAUUAAACAGGUUACAACUAAUAACGGCACAUUGACACUCAAAGUGGUUGAAUUAACUACUUCUGUGUUUAACCACCACUGUGGUCCAGAUCAUGGGGCAGAUAAAUAUAUAAAGAAAUUAUGCAAAAUGGUGUUUGACUUGUUCUGUGUGAUUGCAUUGUCAUUCAAGCAGCAGACUAACUAA